AUGAUGGAGUUUGAAUUCAAAUUGAAAGGAACUGGAAAAUGGUGGUUUUUAUGCUGUCAUCAGAACUGGAAGGAGAAGCGAGUGCAACAGGUGGUCCUGGUGCCCAGAGCAAAAGACGAAGGGGUGCUGAAAGUGGUAAAGAAGGUAAGGGAGAAGAGAAUCAAAUUGCCAGACAGCAACGAAGUGGACAGUUCUGAUGGACGGCAUCUGGGGUACAGCCGACGGCUGAACCCGCAGAGAGCAAGUAGGGAACAGCCAGGUAGCACUGCCAGCGUACUGAGGACUAGUUUAAUAAGGCAAAAACCUGCAGUACGGCACAGAAUCGCCCCAAAAAUCCACUACGGUGAUACCAUCCAAAAUGAUCCAUUCAGCAGUAGAAACACCAGCGAUGUGAAAGUGGAAUCGAAGAAUGGAGACAUCGGCAGUGUGGGUGGAGUUCCUCAACCCACCAACAAUGGCUUCUCACCCAAUUGUGACAUUGUGGGGAAGGAUGCCUUGUCUGCAUUAGCCAGGGCAAGCACUCAGCAGUGCCAACAAGAAAUCACCAAUGUUGUCUGUUUACACCAGGCUGGGAGACUGAUGCCACACUCUAUACCUCGCUCCUGUCAUCUCUCAGGGAAACCCAACAGCAACAUCCAGUGGGACGACAGCAGUGUAGAUGUGGCAUCAAUCCAGACCCCUGUAAGAAUUGUAUAUGUGCUCGUCGUUCAUGGUAGAGCCAUCAGGCAGCUCAAGCGACUGAUCAAAGCCAUCUAUCAUCAAUAUCAUUUUUAUUACAUCCAUGUGGACAAGCGUUCCAAUUACCUGCACAGAGAGACACUGAAGCUGGCACAGCAAUACCCAAACAUCCGGAUAACCUCAUGGCGAAUGGUUACAAUCUGGGGAGGGGCAAGUCUGCUGAAGAUGUAUCUGCAGUGCAUGAAAGAUCUACUGGAAAUGACAGACUGGGACUGGGACUAUUUCAUCAACCUGAGUGCCACUGACUACCCCACUAGGACAAAUGAUGAGCUGGUGGGAUUCCUCUCCAGGUAUAGAGAGAAAAAUUUUCUGAAAUCGCACGGCCGGGAUAAUGCCAGAUUUAUCAAGAAGCAAGGCUUAGAUCGAAUAUUCCAUGAAUGUGACAACCACAUGUGGCGCCUCGGAGACAGGCACAUCCCUGAGGGCGUUAUAGUAGAUGGUGGUUCUGACUGGUUCGCUCUGACUCACAAGUUUGUGGCUUAUGUGGUGAACACACAGGAUGAGUUGGUCACUCAACUAAAACGGUUCUACUGGUACACGCUACUUCCAGCUGAGUCUUUCUUCCAUACAGUGCUGGAAAACAGCCACAUGUGCGAGACACUGGUGGACAACAAUCUGCGGGUCACCAAUUGGAACCGAAAGCUUGGCUGCAAGUGCCAGUACAAGCACAUUGUGGAUUGGUGUGGCUGCUCACCAAAUGACUUUAAGCCACAGGACUUCAUAAGACUUCAGCAAAUGACCAGGCCGACAUUUUUUGCUCGCAAGUUUGAAUCGUCAGUUAACCAGGAGGUGAUUGAUAUAUUGGACUCCCACCUGUAUGGUAGUUACCCUCCAGGGACACCAGCCCUGAAAGCCUACUGGGAAAAUGUCUUUGAUCAGAUGGAUGGGUUGAGCAGCCUCACCGAUGUCACAAUUACCAGCUACAUGGCUUUCUUCAGGUUGGGCCUGAGCCAGACGUUGCAGCAAUCAAGAACAGACGACCGCUGCAGGUAA